GAUGGCAAUCAAGCCUUUAAUCCUGAUGACAUCGUUCCAGAUCCGGAGGUUGGCGCAGUUAUCUGUGGUAUUGAUUAUCAAAUCAAUUACAAAAAAUUAGCAAAGGCUGUAAAUUAUUUAAAAACGAGUUCUGACUGCAUUUUCUUGGUAACCAAUGAUGACGCAACAUUUCCAUAUAGAAAUUUUAUUGGCCCUGGUACUGGUUCAAUUGCUGCUUCAUUAAUCAAGGCAUUGGAUAGGAAACCAGAUGCUAUAAUGGGAAAACCAAAUAAACCAAUGAUGGACUGUAUUACUCAAAAAUUUAAAUUAAAUAUCGAACGAACUUGCAUGGUCGGUGAUCGGUUAGAAACUGAUAUUCAAUUUGGAAUUAAUGGUGGAAUUACUACUUUAUUUGUAUUAACAGGUAUUGCUGCGGAGAAGGAUAUUCUUGUUAGCGAUGCUCCCAUUAUUCCUGAUUAUUACAUGUCCAGUUUUGGUGAUUUUGCCAAACUUCUCUGA